AGAGAGAGAGAGAGAGAGAGAGAUUAUACGGAGGGUGAAACAUUUUUGGGUUUAAUUUUGGGGCCAACAUUGGAUUCUUUUGCAAUACUUUGGUUCCCCUCCUCCAUCGUCAACUCCAUCAAUAAUAAUUUUUCUCUUCACUUCUCUCUCUCUCUCUUUCUUAAACAUUGUUUUUUUCCUUCUUAUAAUUGAAGAAAAUUAUAAGACAAAAAAGUAAAAAAGAAAAUCGUGUUUUCGCGCCUUGCUUCGGCGAUCGACGGAAAGAAAGAUUAUAUGGUUGGAGGGGAACUGAACCACUUUUUUCGGCUAAAACAUUGAAAAUCAAACCUUAGCAAAUUCUCUAGAUAUGGCGGAAGGCGAGGUUGGGCAGUUAAAAGAAGCACUAUGCAACCAAUACAUGAUAAUGAAGAAGCUGUACAUGGAUCUAGAGGAGGAGAGAGACGCGUCGGCGACCGCAGCGAGCGAGGCCUUGUCGAUGAUCUUACGACUUCAGAGAGAGAAAGCCGCGGAAAAAAUGGAAGCGAGCCAAUACAAACGAAUGGCGGAGGAGAAGAUUUGUCACGCCGAAGAAUCCUUAACGGUCCUCGAAGAAGUGAUGCAGCAAAAAGAACUCGAGAUCUCGCUCCUCAGAAACCAACUUCAGCUGUACAAGCACAAGUUGUCGAACAUCGGUGUCACCGUUCUCGACAUCGGAGAUGAGAGAGUUUACGGUGAGAAGUAUUCGAGCGAUACGAGCGACCGACAUAGCCUUUCGGUCAGAAGGAACUCUUUGCCUUCGCUUCAUUUCGAUAAGUUUUUCCGUGACAUGGACGGAAUGGAUGAGAACGGUUCGCUGCCGCAGUCGAUGCAGAAGAAGCUCGACGAGUAUGCAAACCAACUCACCGAAAAAUGUAGUGAAAAAGAAAUUGGAGACCAGAUUAAGAAGGAAUCUGCAAUUGAAGACACCGCGAAACUCGCGCAGGCUAAAUCGAGUUCGACUAUUCAUCCCGUAAGCUCGGGACAGGAGUCUUCGUCGUCGUGUUCGUGGUACUCGGCAUUGAGCCACGAGGUGUUACACGAUUCGAUCGUCGGAAUGAAGGCUAGCGGUGAAGCCGAAUCGAAUGAGAACUCGGUCCAUUCGACCUUCGUCCACGACAUAUUUGAAGUAUCGGAAAAUUGCGACUGUCGCAACAAAAUUGAUGUUCACAGGAAGGACGCGAAAGGAUCUAAUUUCAAGUCUGAAGUAACCGAUGAUCAGCGACUGAACAAGGCACUCAUGACUAGACACAAUCGAAGCGAUAUUUCCGAGUCUGAGAAAUGGAAACACUUGCUCCAAGAGUUCAAACUAUGUUCGCCAAUUAAGGGUGCUUUUUCGGAGAACAACAGGAGCUCGACGUCGCAGGCGAACUUAGAACAAAUCAAGAAACAGAUGAAGCAACUCGAGGAUGAGAAGAGUACGCGAAAAGACGAUUCUGAGAAAAGUAAGGAGCAACUGAAAUUGCUGAAGGAGAUUUGUGAGCAGCUCAACAUGUUAGAAUCACACAUAAAAAGAUCGAACUCGCAAAAGUUCCUCCCACAGGAUGAUCCCACAGUAGUGUCCAUCAUGGAGGCCGUUCUAUCUUUCUCCAUAUAGUUUCUACUGCGUCGGAAUAAUCGCAAGGCAUUAUCGGCUCAGGUUCUGAAGAUGAUCGCAACGAAUAAUCGACGUGUCGAAGCAGAAAUUUGUAUAAAUAAUAAAGGAGAAAUAUACUGUUUAUAUAUAUAUUUAUAUAUAUAGCCUUUUGGUAUAAAAAAUAAAGAAAAAGGAGCAUGUUUAUGUUGUUGAAUUUGUGAAAUUGUGUUCUUACUGUGAACUUGUUCUGAGAUUUGAAGAACCUCAAUAGUUACUGUACUGAUCUUAUAUACUGCCUCCUAUUCGACGAA